UCCUCCGCGCCCGGCGCGCGCCCUGCCCGGCGUCCCCCCGGCUCGCGCUCCCGGCUCGCCCAUUUCCACGCCUCGGGACUCCCGCGUCUUCCCCCGCCACCGACGAUCCCCGUCCCUAGAUGGAAGUAGCGGAGCCCGGAGCCUCUGGUGUAACGCACAGACAUGGUCUAUGGACGCCCUGUGUUUCUCAGUGAUUGUAGCAAGUUUAACCAUCCUUCAUCUAUCUGGAGCAACCAAGAAAGGAACAGAAAAGCAAACCACCUCAGAAACCCAGAAGUCAGUGCAGUGCGGAACAUGGACAAAGCAUGCGGAGGGAGGAAUCUUCACCUCUCCCAACUACCCUAGCAAGUACCCCCCUGACAGGGAGUGUGUGUACAUCAUAGAAGCCGCCCCAAGGCAGUGCAUUGAACUUUACUUUGAUGAAAAAUACUCUAUUGAACCAUCUUGGGAAUGCAAAUUUGAUCACAUUGAAGUUCGAGAUGGACCCUUUGGCUUUUCUCCAAUAAUCGGACGAUUCUGUGGACAGCAAAAUCCACCUGUAAUCAAAUCCAGUGGGAGAUUCCUGUGGAUUAAAUUUUUUGCUGAUGGAGAGCUGGAAUCUAUGGGGUUUUCAGCUAGAUACAAUUUCACACCUGAUCCUGACUUUAAGGACCUUGGAGUAUUGAAACCAUUACCAGUGUGUGAGUUUGAGAUGGGAGGCUCAGAAGGAAUUGUGGAGUCCGUACAAAUUCUCAAAGAAGGCAAAGCUACUGCCAGCGAGGCGGUGGACUGCAAGUGGUAUAUCAGAGCUCCUCCACGAUCCAAGAUUUACCUGCGGUUCCUGGACUACGAGAUGCAGAACUCGAACGAGUGCAAGCGGAACUUCGUGGCCGUGUACGACGGCAGCAGCUCGGUGGAGGACCUGCGGGCCAAGUUCUGCAGCACGGUGGCCAACGACGUGAUGCUGCGCACGGGCCUGGGCGUGGUGCGCAUGUGGGCGGACGAGGGCAGCCGCGGCAGCCGCUUCCAGAUGCUCUUCACCUCCUUCCAAGAGCCUCCUUGCGAAGGCAACACCUUCUUCUGUCACAGCAACAUGUGCAUCAACAACACGCUGGUGUGCAACGGCCUCCAGAACUGUGUGUAUCCGUGGGAUGAAAACCACUGUAAAGAAAAGAGGAAAACCAGCCUGCUGGACCAGCUCACCAACACCAGUGGGACUGUCAUUGGCGUGACUUCCUGCAUUGUGAUCAUCCUUAUUAUCAUUUCUGUCAUUGUCCAGAUCAAACAGCCUCGUAAAAAAUACGUCCAAAGGAAGUCAGACUUUGAGCAGACCGUUUUCCAGGAGGUGUUUGAGCCUCCUCACUAUGAGCUAUGCACCCUGAGGGGGACAGGAGCAACCGCGGACUUUGCAGAUGGAGCGGAUGACUUUGAAAAUUACCACAAACUGCGGAGGUCAUCUUCCAAAUGCAUGCACGACCAUCACUGUGGAUCCCAGCUGUCCAGCGCUAAAGGCAGCCGCAGCAACCUCAGCACAAGAGAGGCUUCCAUCCUGACGGAGAUGCCCGCACAGCCCACCAAGCCCCUCCUCCCGCCCGUCAACAGGAGAAACAUCCUUGUCAUGAAACACAACUACUCCCAGGACCCCGCCGACACCUGCGACGUGGACGAGAUCGAGGAGGUGCCCACCACCAGCCACAGGCUGUCCCGACACGACAAAGCCGUCCAGCGGUUCUGCCUCAUUGGGUCUCUAAGCAAACACGAAUCUGAAUACAACACCACUAGGGUCUAAAAAGAAAACAAGAAAGAACUCUUUGUACACACAUGGGGACUGUGGAAAGAAAAUUCUAUAGUGAAUUGUGAAAAGUGGACACAUUUCUAAAUUCAUUCCACUGCCUUUAUUCAAACUUAAGAAUUACAGACCUUUGUUAUUCCUCCGGCGAGACACCCCCGUUGAAAAUGACAUGUCAUUUCGUAAUUUGGUUGCUGGCCACCAAGUGCUCCUUAGUUUUUAAAUACAUUGGGAGGUUUACUGGAAACUUGAAGAAGAAAUGAGUUCCUGAUUAAGACUCUCUCGAGUUUUAUUUUCUAUUGUCAGUUUUACUUUUGUUCCUCUGUUGUUUAUGUCUUUGUUCUAUAAUUGUACAUCAUGUGAUCUGUGAGAGAAA